AACAAUCACACACAAAACCCACUAACCUUAAGGUUACACACAAAUACACAUAUAGUUUUGCUUGGAAAAGCUUUUGGUCAUCCUUAGGAAGUUCCUAAAAGCUAAAUUUACUUUCUCUCUUUAAAUUAACUAGCCAUCAGACAUGGAAGCGAUAAUGGUGCCAUUUCAACCUCCGACUUACGGUAAUCUUAUUACAAUUUUGAGUAUAGAUGGAGGUGGAAUUAGAGGAAUCAUUCCAGGAACUAUUCUUAAUUUUCUCGAGUCUGAACUUCAGAAAUUGGAUGGGAAGGAGGUAAGAGUUGCAGAUUACUUUGAUGUAAUUGCUGGAACAAGCACAGGAGGACUUGUAACAGCCAUGAUAUCUGCACCAGAUCAAAACAACCGUCCUUUGUUUUCUGCUAAAGAUAUCAAUCAAUUUUACCUCGAUCACUGUCCUAAAAUCUUCCCCCAAAACAGAAUAUGGCCAAUAGGAAGAAUAGUGAAAUUAUUAUCUGGUCCAAAAUACGAUGGGAAAUAUCUCCGCAAACUUGUGAAGGAAAAACUAGGCGACACAAAGUUGCACCAAACCUUGACUAAUGUGGUGAUUCCCACGUUCGACAUCAAACUCCUUCAACCCACUAUCUUUUCUAGCUACGAGAUGAAGAACACUCCAUCAUUGGAUGCAUACUUGUCGGAUAUCUGCAUCUCUACUUCGGCUGCUCCUACUUAUCUUCCGUCUCAUUCCUUCAAAACUGAGGAUACUGCUGCUAAAACAACGAGAGAAUUUAACCUAAUAGAUGGUGGCGUUGCAGCUAACAAUCCGACGUUGGUGGCAAUUGGAGAAGUGACGAAGGAAGUGAUAAAACAAAAUCCGGACUUCUUUGCUAUAAAGCCAAUGGACUACAGAAGGUUUUUGGUGAUAUCAUUGGGAACCGGAGCUCCGAAGGCGGAAAAGAGAUACACGGCGGAGCUUGCGGCGGAGUGGGGGAUGUUGGACUGGUUAACCAACGGCGGUUCCACCCCAAUAAUCGACGUCUUUUCACAAGCAAGUUCUGAUAUGGUGGAUUUUCAUCUUUCUGUCAUUUUUCAAGCCCUUCAUUGUGAAGACAACUACCUUCGCAUUCAGGAUGAUACGUUGAGCGGCGACUUAUCUUCCGUGGAUGUGGCUACACAAAAGAAUCUAAAUGAUCUUGUGAAGGUUGGAGAGAGUUUAUUGAAAAAGCCAGUUUCAAGGGUGAAUUUACAGACGGGGGUUUUUGAGGAUUGUCCUUCAAAUUCAGAAACAAAUGAUCAAGCCCUUACAAGAUUCGCCAAGUUGCUGUCUGACGAGCGGCGGCUCCGCCAUGCAAGAUCACCUCAGGGAAAAGCUUCCAAAUUGAAGUUGGCGAAUGCCUCUGCUACCAAAUCAAGUUAAAUUUCCACUUUUCAUAAUGCUGAUCUCAUAUGGCUGAAACUUUUUAGAUGAUAAUUAGAAUGAUUAUUUUUAGAGAACAAUGAAAGAUUAAGUUGUGUUUGUUUAAUGAGAUUUGUUCAUGUAAAGAGGUGAAAUAAUAUCAUCUUGGUCUAGUUUUAAUUCAUUUUAUGUAUCAUAUCAUUUUUAUUAUUAAUAAUAUGUGAAGACUCCAUUCUGUGUAUCAUCAA